AUGCCACCAGGACGGAGCUCGCGCGGCAUUCAGCUGCUGCUGCUUCUACUGACAUUCCUAUCACUCUCAUCAUUAACCCUAGCCGCGACACCGACCUCCUUCUGCAAAUGCACCUGCUUCUCCAAUAGCACCAUCAUUCCACUCGACCCCGGAAAGUCAGAAUCGAGCAUCGACCACCUCCUCCACUUCUACGAGCGCGACGCCAGCACCGAGCUCGAGCAUACGGACGAAUACAUCAAGCGCGCGCAGAAAUACCGAUCGCUGAGCUGCAACGACUGCAAUCGCAAGUUCUGUUUGGACUACGAGCUGCCGACGUGCAAGGGCGCGAAAGAGGAGAACGUCAACACGACUUGUUUCCAACGAGACUCGAAGAAAGACGAAGCGGUCAUUUUUAUUUUUAUCUUUGUUACGGGGGGACUGUUGGCUUGGGCGGCUUGUAAGCCGUGGAUUGAGCGAUACGCCGAGGCUGCGCGAGAACGCAGAUCGUACAUGCCCGUUGCCGAAGAUCGAAUGUGA